CUCAAAUAGCCUUUGAUGUACUAGGUACAACCAAUUACAACCACAUAACUAUUCUGAAUAAAUUUGUUCGAUAGUUCGUGAGUCAAACACCCAACCAUUCCAAAGAAUGGCAGGUGAACAUGUGAAUAUUUGGAGGGGACGAACACCAGUUCAUGGGAGAUCAUGGGAGUACACAAAAGCGGUUUGACCCAUAGCCACAUCAACUCUCCCAAGAGGAUUGAGAAGAGGAGGUUCCUUAGUUCCUUUGCAAGGUGGCCAAGAUGGAAUCGCUGAAACAGAUCCCUUCAAAACAAUCCAAUUGUUCUGUCAAUGUCACAUCAGUGGUUUCUUUGGAGCGGGGUAGUCUUCCUUCUCUGGAAACAUGCCCUCAUCCGAAUCACUUUUGGACUUUGGGAGUUGGUGGACGAGAUCUUGCACCAAUCUCAACUGAUCAGGUGGCGCGACUCUUAGGGAUUGGUGCUAAGACACUACCUUAGUUUGACAUGGACCAAAAGAGUGCAUCCAAGAAACACACGAAAGUGUUGCAUCACAAUGCAUCAAAGGCUAUGUGGGUGAGUGUGUGGGCUAUGUGGGUGACACGCGAAUCGGCGGCUUUUGCAACAUUGUUUCACUCCUUUUUAUUUGAUGUGAGAGCACUUAUCAAAGGAAGAAUGUAUUAUUGAUUGAACACUAUUCUGCGUGCACGCACAACAUAGCAUGGCUGCGUAUGGCAUUUGACAAGAGCAUACGGUAGAACUUACGUUUCAUGUUCACAAUAUCAGCCAGACUGAAUCCUGACGUCAUCAAUAUUCAUCCUCCGCAGCUGUUUGGCCCUUUCGCGGCAGCGCACCUAUUUGACUUUGAUCCUCUAGUUUGCCCUUCUUCCAUGACUCACCUUCAACAAGCACGUGCAACACACGUGCAUUGCCACAGCUUCCACAGCUGCGGGAGACCACAUUGCCGGCGCCCUGGGCAGGGCCACGGCCUGGACGGUUGGCAGGUCCUGUCGCUGGCGGUGUCCGCGCUGCCCAGGUCCCGGCGCAGCGGUUCCGCGCGUGACACGUGCGAGACCAGGGCGGUCUGGCUUCGGUCGCAGCGGUCGAAGCGGUCGGCGGAACUGCUCGUGGAUGGUGAUGUACAUAGCAUGCAGGAAGUCCGAGAAGCUAUUGGGCAUUUGGAGAGACAGCGAUGGUCUGUUUCUACCAAGUUCUUUGGACCGCCUGAGAGGGCUAGGAACAAAAAGUGGGAAAAGUUCUUCGUAGAGAUGGACAUCAGUUUCCAACCAGUUUGCAGGUCUGCUCUUCCUUUGCACGAGCCCACUGAUGUUGCAGUGCUCUCAGCAAUGCUGAAUGCCUCGAGCGCGGGUAUUGAUUGCGUGGCUUUACUUACUUCAGAUACAGGUUUUAUCAAAACUUUGGUUGAGAUCCAGCAUUCAGGGACUAGCUGUUGCGCCUUUAUCCCAGAAAGCGUGCCUGCUGUAUUCAGAUCAUUUGAGGUUGCUGGUCUGCCGACAAUCAGGUUGCAAAAGGACUUUGAGAGCAAUCUUGGUUCCAAAGUCAGGGCAAUUCUCCAUCAGGACGGAAGUGGCUCAGUAGAGCUUGCUGAUCCGUUUCCGCAAACUUCCUCAAAGGUGUACAUUUCUCGCUCCAAGGUUGUAACAGACUUUCUUGACAAUUUGGGCUAUGGAGGGCAGGGCUACACUAUUCAAAGCAUUGCGAAGUUCUGGUUUACCAACAACUUAGGUAACUUGGUGGUUUAUCCUCCCACCAUCGGCCUGAAUGCAAUGUAUGAAAUUGUCAGUGAGCAAAGAUGUGCUUCCUGGGGGCGCUACUCUGAUGUGUGUAAGCUAGCAUUUAUCUUGCCCAUCGUCGCAUGCAGUUCAAGCAAGAAACAUGUGCGGAUGUAUGGAAACGCAUGCUCCAGACGCAUUUUCGAAGGCGAAGGCCCAUUCAUACUGACCGACUCACUUGAGAUGGUGCCCCAGGCACUCAACCGUUUGGGCUAUUUGGAUGAUGGUUUGAACGCUGACCUGACUGAAGCGAUGUUUUGCUUUGUGAAUGCGAGCUACAACAAGGGAAGCUUGAGAAAAGCAGGUAUGCUGCCAAUUGCAGGAGAUAAAGUCUUGGACGUCCAAUCGAAGCUUCGGACAGCAUUUCUUUCAAAUGAUUUUUCUGGACUAUGGCAGCGGCAGAAGAGUUGCUUGAGGCACUCAAGAGUGCACCUGGUUCAGCAAAUCCUCGUGAGAGCAGGAGUUCUUUGUGGAGUGACUUCAAGAGACAUAUGCCAGAGAGAGGUCUUUGAAGGGAUGAAGCUUUAUGUGCGCAAGCGUGGGCUGCCGAGCAUGCAGACAUUCAAUGGCUUGCUUUGGAGAAUUCUGCGUCAUACCAAGAAGAACGACUCGACAAAGACGCUGGAGGUCGAGCUUUAAAGUGUUGCCAAUACAAGUUUUUGGAACAGGUGAAGGAAGGUCAAAACGGCAUUGAGCUAAAACGACAUUGAGCCGCCUGCACUUAACGCAAGUAUUUGCUGCACGAAACCUGAAUGUCCGACGGCUGAGAGUGGAGUGGCCGCACCCGGUGGGUCAGAGCCCAGUUUGUCAGUCCUCCUUGACACAACGAGCUACUUUGAGCAGCUGCUUCGAUGGUUUGAUGUGCUUCGUGUUUGGAAGGUUUUUCCAGGUCUGUGGGACGGGCUGGUGGACAUGUGCAUGGGACAGCAGCGCUGGCGAGAAUAGGAACAUCUUCAAAAUCCAAGCCGCAAUCUUCGAAGAUGCUGCCCUAUGCUGUUCUGCC